AACCGUGAGUUAAAAAUACAAUUUCAAUGAAGUACAUGAGUCAAAAGUAAACUUUGAAAAUCCAAAUAGGAGAAACCCUAUUCAGAGAAACCCAUUUGAAAAUCAAAAUUGGAGAAACCCUCGUAUUCCUCUCUCGAUCUCGACUUGAUUCCUUGGCAUUUGGUUUGCCGGCAACUUUGACGUUGUGCAAUAGCUCUCUCCGACGAUUGAAGGUUUCUCUUCUCCAUCUUAUGCUUAGUAUGGUAGAGAACGACUUUAACUUCUCAGUUCUCACUCUCAAUCUGAUGGUGAAGCUCGAGCUCUCAGUAUUUGGCAAGGUUUAGUGAGAAUUGUGUAGAGGAUGGUUAAAUUAAGGGCAUACGAGCUGGAAGGCUCUUCCGCAACCCGACUUGAUAGACUGGAAAGAAUGGUACAAGAAAUGGCAGGAACCUUAAGACGACAACGUCAGUUGCCGCUACGGCGAGAACCUUUGCCACCACCAGAAUCUUAUGUGGGUUUGUCAUACAUAUUAAGUUAUUGUAGCGAUGGACCCGGGUCCAACUGAUCCUACUGUGUUGACGCUACAACAGUCUCACCGAUCUACUUUAGCAUGGACUGCCUCGUUGAUGGGAUGCAUUUAAUGUUCGAGAGAUUUCCACUCGUGUCCUCCAUUAAUAUCGUUAUUCCUUGGACAUGCAAACCUUUGCACAAGUGUUGUGGCGACCUUACAGUACUGAGUUGAUUGAGGAGCUUCCACCACAUUGAUCGGAUGGUGUAGAUAUAUGGCAAGCAGUAGUUCCAUUGAUCUGUUUUUUCAUUGUCGAGAUGCACCAUCGUGAUAGAGUACAACGACAACUUGGAUUUUGGCAGACCAUACCCUACGAUUGUGACACUGUCACUGCUCUUCAUGACCUUGAUUUAUGUGGAACCAAAACUAAAGAUUGGGUGAAGCAUCACAAAGAGUGGAUUCAAUUAUGGGAUCAACGCUGAACCCGCAUUGCUCUAGGUGAACCAUGGGAUGGUGAUAUGCAUGAUGAUGAUCCUUACAUGGUAUGGUAUCGACGUAUCACUCGUUGACACAUUAGUCGUGCUGCAUGUACAUAUGAUUUCGUGGUACGUAUAUAUAUAUAUAUAUUAUUUUUAUUUGUCAACAUUAUUACUCAUAUUCAAUAUGGUUUUUCAAUUUUAACAUUUUCAUUAUGUUUGUUAGAGUGGUCAUUUGGUACAAAUAUGUAACGUAUCUCUAGAAGGAUCACAUAUGAGCAAGAUCGCUUCGUAGGGGUAUCUCCACCACAACCUAGCGUUCAUGCAUAUGCAGAGGCACAACCAUCUGAUGGGGUAGAUAGUGAGCCACAAGUUGAGAGGGACUUUACCUCUAUACCAAACCUCAAAUCCAUGUUAAAUGAUUGGUGUCAAACCCCUAUCCACAUGGAAGAUUUUGGGAAUGCAAUGACAGAACAACAUGAAAAGGGGGUCACACAUUUUGAGGAGGGUGUUUCUCAUACAGCAGCAGGGGCUCUACAUUCUAAAGACGGACUGACACAAUCACCUCAGAGGGUUCCAGCCUUUACUGAGAUAAUCACACAUAGUGAAGAGAGGGGAUCACAUGCUGAUGAGCAACAUCUUAGGACUACACAUGCAUUGCACGAGGAGGUCCCAGUAUCUGCUAUUACACAAUCUGAAGAGGAAGGUGCUCAGAGCGGAGAUUGGAUUCCAUUGAAUACUGAGAGAGUUACACAUUGUGAGGAAGGGGGUCACAUGUUGAUGAGUGAGUACUACCUAUUGCGCCUGUGGACCCUGUUCCUUAUAGGAGGAAACGAGAUAGACAUUAAGCUACUGAGGAGGGUGUCAUAUAGGUUCCAGAAACCCCAUGUCGCAAGGGAACUCGCAAAAUUAGACAUCCUGGAUGUGGCACCCAUACACCUCCCCUUGCUCGGCACAAACAGUAGUGAUGUUUGUAUUGAGGAAAUUAAAGAGGCUAAUGGGCUUAUUGGGGACACCAUCUAUGCUGGCAACAAAUAUGAAGUGAUCAGUCCUUCCCAUGUUGAAGAUUUUUGCUAUAUAAUAGAUAAUACUUAUAUAAAGGAAAAUGUGGUGAAGAUGAAGCGAGAUGUCCUCAACUUUUUGAACUAUGAGAUGGGCUGACAGGAAACAAGAUCCCAAAAUGGGUAGAUCGAUUAGCAAGAAUAGGUUCAUUGUGCAACUGCGUACUCUGUGAGGUCUUUAAAACUUCUGUUGUCCGGUAUGGCUCAAAUUUCGAAGGCUACGACAACAAAAAGGAAAGACUAAGAAGCUUCUUCAGUUGUUUGUCAUCAAUUUCAAUGCACUAGUGGGAGAGGGAGGUAUCAACACCUUCAUUGUUUCUACAUUCCCAUUACAAAGGCUGCUUACCAUCAUAGGAGUUAAAAAAAUCUAGAAGCGGUUCCUUCAACGAAUCGUGAUAAAGACAGUCUUUGAAUUCCUAUUCCAGUAUUUUAAGUGGAAUUCCAAGUUUUUUUCCCUCCCUCACAACUCGGAGUAAGUCUAGGAGAGUAAUAUCGGUGCAAUGACAUCACAGAAGGCUUGUGUUAUGUUAUCUGCUUUUUGCUUUUCGGGUAAUUGCAGAAUGAUGGUUCUUGUUGUCCUUGUAAGAUUAAAUCGAGUUGUUAAAAACUUUUGAUGUGCACAAUCAUAUUUUCAUAGCAAAAGAAGAAUGAAGAUAGAUUGUUGUAUUUUAUACUUGAAAACAUGAUUGGAUUUGGCUCUCUCUCUCUCUCUAUUCAUUUGCUACUUCAAUUACUUGAGGAAUGUAUUUUUUGUAUUUGAAAACAUGAAUUGCUAAUUUGGCCCUUUAUUCAUUUGUCCUAGCAUGC